AUGUCGACGGCAUUAUCAAUCACUCGAUUCAUUUUAAUCCUCCUCUCAACAGUAGUGGCUGGCUGCUCAAUCUACCUCCUCGUCCGCCUACAACUAGGCAUCCGCGCCGAAACCUGGAUCGUCUGGACCCCCCUCAUCGUCUCUGUCCUCUCCAACAUUCUCUACUCUUGCUCACUCAACCCCAAGAACCGCGUCUCAACCGCCCGUAACACUUUCGCUUUCCUCUUGGCAGUCGGCUGGUUCGUCUCCCCCUCCUACCGCAUCCACGAGCUGAUUAGCAGCUCAGCCGGUAGCACUUCCAGCUUCCUUUCAGUCUGGAGUUGUGGCACGAUCGCAUGUACACUGUUGAUGGUUAUGGAUAUUGGAGGUCUAUUGUUGGGGGUUUUGUCGCUGUUGGAGAUUGGGUUGGCAGAUCAGGCGUCGAGGGGUGUGAUUACGCCGGCGUCAAACAAGACGUCGAUCUUUGUGUUGCCUGGAAGUCAGCAGCAGUAUAUUCCUUUGCAGCAGCAGCAGCCACCGCAGCAGCAGUUUGCUCAACAACCAUUCUAUCAGCCUGCUAGUACCCAGCCUUACUAUGCCCAGGCACAACCUCCUACCGCUGCCACUACGUAUCCACACACUUAUUAG